AAAAUAUUGCUCCUUUUAAGUCUGAUGCUACUGAUUCAUGUAAUCAGUUAUGGAGGUAAAAAACAAUAAUAUUUUUUCCUCCAAACCUAAUAAUGUGACAAAAGUAGUGUCUACAAUGUCUACCUAAAGUUGGAGCAACAUCCACAUGCCCAUAACAGUGGUCCAGAGGAUGUCAUCAAUCCAACCACCUGUGCUUUUACUGCCAGUGCAUUCGAUUCAGCUGUACCCCAGCAGAAUUGGUGCUGUUGCUAGAGAGUGCAGCACGUAAAUCAUCCAGCGGAUUCGUGGAUAUAGAUUUUGUGUGUCGACACUUGUUCCACACAAUGCCCUCAAACCACUGCGUCUCUAUUACUCUGGUAAAUCUUCAGUGAAUGAAUCCCAAGCGAGGGCUGUUGACGUCAACGGAUAAAUGCUCAACUGCUCCUCUGCUACACCUCAUAAAGCUGUGACGUGGCGUCUCCUCCCAGACUGACGCCAACAGAGACACAAGAUCGUCUUCCCAGACACCCACCUUCAUCCUCCCUCCCCCCUUCAGGCCCAGAAUCAGCCCAGGAUUUUACAGCUGUCCGAGGGGCUAGGAAGGAGGCGUCCUUUGUGUCUGGAGGCGCAGCUCUGGCACUCUUGCUGUCACUGUUAUCUCUGGCCUCGGUUGUUUCGAGCCAACAGGUGCCCUUUAACUGUGUGAUCAAGAGGGAGCAGGAGAAAUGCAUGGAAAUGAUCGCCUCGGAUGAUCCUGGGAACGAUCCAGAAUUUGGCUGUCCAUGGAUGUGGGACAACCUGACGUGUUGGCAGCCUGCCAGGAUCGGCGAGGUGGUCGAAGUCAACUGUCCCGAACUUUUCUCUCAGUUCAUGAGUGAAGAAGACUACGAGCUGGGGAAGGUGAGUCGUAACUGCACGGAGUUUGGCUGGUCAGAGACCUUCCCUCAUUACAUCGACGCCUGCCUGUAUGAGGAAGGAAACAGCAGCCAUUCGGACAUGUACUACGUGUCGGUAAAGGCUCUGUACACUGUGGGCUAUAGCACCUCCUUGGUCUCCCUCACCAUGGCCAUGGUCAUCCUCUGCAGGUUCAGGAAGCUGCACUGUACCAGAAACUUCAUCCACAUGAACCUAUUUGUGUCGUUCAUCUUGAGAGCUAUUUCAGUCUUCAUCAAAGACGGCGUGCUGUACGCCAAAGAGGACAGCGAGCACUGCUUCAUACGCACUCUGGAGUGCCGAGCAGUGAUGAUAUUCUUCCAUUACUGCGUCCUUUCUAACUACUUCUGGCUCUUCAUCGAGGGUCUGUACCUCUUCACUUUACUGGUGGAGACCUUCUUUCCUGAAAAGAGAUACUUCUACUGGUACAUCAUCAUUGGUUGGGGAACGCCCACAGUGUGUGUGACCAUCUGGGCGGUGCUGAAGCUGCACUUCGAUGAUAUAGGUUGUUGGGACAUGAAUGACAACGCUGCCAUCUGGUGGGUGAUCAAGGGACCUGUGCUGGCUUCAAUUAUGAUCAACUUUGUACUCUUCAUCGGCAUCAUUGUCAUCCUUGUCCAGAAGUUACAGUCCCCAGAUAUCGGUGGAAAUGAAUCCAGUAUUUACCUGAGGUUGGCCCGCUCCACUCUGCUACUGAUUCCUCUGUUUGGGAUCCACUACACUGUGUUUGCCUUCUCCCCUGAGAACGUCAGCAAGAGAGAGCGUCUGGUGUUUGAGCUCGGCCUCGGAUCCUUCCAGGGCUUUGUGGUGGCCGUCCUCUACUGCUUCCUGAAUGGAGAGUAUAUCCCUCAAGGUGCAAUCGGAGAUCAAGAGGAAAUGGCGCAGCUGGACGGUGAACAGGUACUUUGCUGUGGACCUGAAGCACCGGCAUCCUUCGCUGGCGAGCAGUGGGGUGAACGGGGGCACGCAGCUGUCCAUCCUCAGCAAGAGCAGUUCACAGAUCCGCAUGUCCAGCCUGCAGGCCGAGACCCCGGCCACCUGAGCGGCACCAGCGGGGACGCCACGAUCGGCAACGACAACACCUCCGGACCUGACGCCGCCAAGCCUGCCACACCCACCCUCGUCCCGAUGACCAGCCUCACCAACCCGUUCCUCAACCCGUACCCCAACCCAUACCCAGACGAAAGCAUGAUGGAAACUCAACUCAACUCCAGCGACCCAGAACAGCCUCUAGUCUGACCUGCUUCAACCCGAAACAUGACCGAACCUGAAUGUCAGGUGCCAAAUAAUGAAUCUCUUCAUGUCCCGACCUCUGACCUGGUUCAGGUGCAGCCAGAGUGAAAAACAUCUCCUGUUCCUGAGCAGCCUAUCAUCUUCAAAGGGCAUGAUUAGGAAUUGUAGUGUAUAUCUAGUGUCUUGUUGGGCUGUAAAAUGCAGAAGAAGCAUGGUUAUCUCUCUGUAUAUAUUGUGUUAGUGUUGUCUGGUGCUACACUAUUUGCUGCCGUAUAGCACAGAGGGACCAGUUUAUUAUUGCAGCCAGAGAGCUCUACAGUAUGUGCCCUCUCACAGUGAUCAUUCCAGUCUGUCUGAGGAAGUUUUCACAUUUGUCCUCAAGUUUAACCCUCAAAAUGUAUUUUAGACUAUAACUAUACACUGUAUUCCUCAUUAAAUACAGACAUCACAGCUGCUGUGCCAUUUGAAAUGGCUUACUUAAAGACAGACAACACUGGGCAAUGUACAUACCUUAAAGGGGCACUCCACUGAUUUUACACGAGGAUCAGUUUACUUGUCAUGUUGAGUACUUAUCAGCCUGUGAACAGUUAUAAUGUCUUGUGUGGCUCUUGAGGAGCUGAAAAAAAUAACCCUAGUGAUGUCAUCAGGGUUAUUUCAACUUGGGCUUGAAAACCUGCGAUACAAACUGUGGGCAUUGCGUUUGAAAGAUGUGGGUAUUUACCAGAGGAGGAGGAUCUAUCGAAAAGUUACAGUUUGCUGCAUUGUGGGAAAUGUAGUAUCAGUUUUUUUGGAGCUUGCCCCAAACUCUGGACUAAAAUUCAUGAUCUGCUGUCCUCUCCUCUGCUGCUUCGACUCUGACCCAAUUUAAUGUACACUAAAUACCUUCUAACUUUUCACCAUCAAGUCAGUGUUAUUGAUUGAGCUAAGGGUCAGCUGAAACAUUAUGGACCCCAAAUUGGCUAUUUUCAGUGGAGUCAUACCCAGACUUAUUGAACCUGUUCAGUGCUGAAAAAGACAUCCAACUACAUCAUUUCUAAACCAGUGCAACACUCUUGAUGCACAACUAGUGACCGUGUAUGAAAGCUCAUUAUUAUUUCCCAAUACUGGCACAAUCCUUCGAUUCCUGUGUAAACAGUGACUGAUAGACAAUAUAAUGGGUGAUGAAGACAACCAGAUUGAGGAAUGUCGAGGAGAAAUUUCAUCUGGAUCUAACAGGUGAAAAAGCAGUAUUUAUGAGAAGGACAUAUUUUCUACAGUUAUGUGAAAUGCCAAAAAAAAAAAAUGAGGGUUAGAUGAUGACUCAGAGGGUCUUCUUCAGAUGUGUGCACAGUGCUGAGGUUUGCCGACUACGACCACAAACACAAACCUCUCCUUUAAAGCUCAGCACUGAAAACUAGACGUCUGAGAAGAAGACACCUUUGGAGAUCAGUAUGUCUGUAGUUUUAAACAGCCGUUAGUACAGAAAAUGUCAACGAAAAUGAACUCAUGACUGAAGCAUCAUGAGUUCAACUGCAUGCAUGAAACUGCAUUUAUUGUCCAUGUGUUUUUGGGGUUUUUUUUUGGUUGUUGUUGUGAGAAUUCAGUGUUUAAUUGGAUGUUAAAUUUCUUAACAGUUUCUUUUUCUUCAUAAACUUUCAGUGUCUAUCGGGCUGUUGUGGAGGCGAUGUUCUGUAAUACACUGUCACUUUUUAAAGCUGAGCCUCUUCAACAGCCUUCUGCAGGAAGUUUCAACAUUGUACUGGUCGAAGUGAAGGUGUAGACCAACCGGAAACAUCACAGCACUUCACUGUUUUUGGAUACAAUUUCCUGAUUUGUUUCUGAAAAAUGACCAUUUGAAAAAUCCAUGUUAAUUUGGAUUAAUGAGGGUUUCUUUUCAGACAAAUCGCUCGUAACAUCUUGCAGUGUCACUGUCUUGCUGCAGUUAUUGUCUCUGGUGGCAUUUGCUCUCUUUAUGCUUGAAAACAAGCAAAUUGAGAUGGAUGUUACUUUCGGAGAGGGACUUUUAACUCGGGGGUACUUCUCUCAUUCCAAAGACGAAUUAAUCGACUCCUCACUGAGUUUUUGCACGGCCGUAUCUGUUUGCAAAGGCUGAGUUAGCUUUGCAGCUGAUGUCACUGCAGAUUUUUCCUUUGGUCUGACCUGACUAUCCUUCUGAAUCCCAAUGCUCGACUCUACUUUGUGUCUCCAAAAGUGCCUUUAAGCACAAAACAAGUAUUUUGACUUCUGUUGAUGAUUUAAAACAAAAAAGAGAUUUGUCUUUUAAUUUCACAACGAAACUGUAAAGUAAAGAAAAGGGUUGAACAAAGUGCUUUUAUGAUGCUUAAGACGGAAUCAGUAUUUUAAACCUGGAGGCCUUCAAAGUACUUUAACUCGUCUUUUCUAAAGAUGAGCAGAACAUACGACGAUAUAUCACAUGCACACAAGAAUAAAUGUUUUAGUUUUUUUAUUUUACUGACACAUCCUUUAUUUUUCUCUACAGCAGAAAAAUGGAAAAUUACUGAACUGUAAAAGGCCUUGUGUACCUGAACCACGGCAGACUUUUCUUUAUGAUAUUCUUCAGACAUUUUUCUACUAAAAUUGUCCAAGGGGCUGUAUUCUAAAUUUCUAUUAAAUAUGGCUGAAUUUCUCAUUUCUGCAAGGAAUGAAAUGAUUUGAU